UUAGAGUGUCUCAUACCCUUGAGUGUAGCCAUGAAAAGGUCAUUCAGCAGUUUCAUUCAUCUUCCUCGUUGUUUUUUGGUAGUUAUGAUCUUAUUUGCAUUGAGUUCGGUAGUGAAAGCCCAAUUGAGUACGGGUUUCUACCAGCAAACGUGUCCAAAUCUUCUCAAAAUCGUCCGGAAAGAGGUUCAGAAUGCUAUCAAAUAUAUCCGAAAUGCGAAUGGCUGCUUCUUUGCUUCGGCUGCACUUCCACGACUGCUUUGUCAACGGUUGUGAUGCGUCGAUACUACUCGAUUUACCUGAUGGUGAGAAGUCUGCCUUUCCGAACGUGAAUUCAGCGAGAGGGUUUGAAGUUAUCGAUGCAAUCAAGAGCUCCGUGGAGAGUCGUGCAUGUAGUGGAGUUGUUUCUUGUGCUGAUAUACUAACCAUAGCUGCCCGAGAUUCUGUGGUCUUAAGUGGAGGAAAUUCAUGGAAAGUUUUUCUGGGAAGAAGAGACGGGUUUGUGGCAAACCAGACAGGAGCAAAUGUUGGGCUUCCUUCUCCAUUUGACACACUUAUUGAUGCCAUCAUUUCCAAGUUCGCCACUGUAGGCCUAAAUGUCACGUGGUAGCCUUAUCAUGUAUAUAAAGGCAUGCUCACCUAAGAGACAGUUUUUAAGGAACUGUGAGGAACAAGUGAAUCUGACGGCUGAAAAUAAAUGCACAAUUUUAAGUUGUUAUAAUUUCUGCUUUUAUAUUUAAUACAUGUGGUUGUGAUGCAUUUGUCCCUGACAGUCCCUUAGGUGAGCAAACCUGCAGGUAUAUAUAUUACAAGUGUGGACACACACACACGUGAUUGAUGCUAGCUGCGUAGUUAACGGGCUUAGCUUCUAGACGUAAUUGUUAUGUAAUGGCCAUGCCACUAUGGAUUAGGGAUAGCACAGAAGUAGCAUACGUACUUGGAUAAUUUGGCCACUAAGUUUGUCGCUUAAUGGA